AUGAGCGGCAGCGCGGCCAAGGUCGAGAACCACUGGAAGAAGCAGUUCCCGAACGGCUUCCCGGACGGCCAAUCGGUCGGCAGCGGCACGAUGAAGUCGCUGGCCAAGAAGGGUCUGCUGGCGACGGGCCCGGGCAUCACCGCCGCGCAGUACGCCACGGCCAGCCCCAGCAUCCUGGCGCUGACGGUGGGCGGCGCGGCGGCCUCGGCCACGGGCAUCGGCCUGGGGCCUGGUGGUGACGGGCGCGGCGGCGACGCUGACGCUGUCGACCCUGUCGGCCGUGUCCGCGCACAAGACGCUGAAGCACUGCGACGCGCUGGAGAAGAUCGACGGCAUGCGCCAGUGCUACGACUGCCGCCCGGUGCUGCAGGACAAGGGGCGCGAGGACGUGGCAGCCCAUGGCAAGGUGGGCGGCCUGGUGCUGAGCUACAUCCUGGCGCAGAAGGGCGAGAAGGCGCUGCGCAAGGUCACCGGCGCGGUGCCGGGCGUGGGCCUGCUGGAGACGGUCUACGCCGUCGGGCGCUUGGCCUACAAGAAGUACCACGGCACCCAGGGGCAGGUGCGCAACGAGAUGGCCGGCCUGCUGGCCGCGCACCUGAUCACGCACAACUGCGGCCUCGCCCAGGCCAUCGUCGCGGAGCUGUACUCGUACGAGCAGAUGCGCUGGAUGCUGUUCCAGGACUACGGCGUCGUCCAGCACUGCCUGGCCGAGAAGAUGAACGUCGCGAUGACCGAGCGGUCGUUGAUGCCGGUGGUGGACGAGCUGGUGCCCGAGAAGUUCUGCCCCCACCACGCCUGCUGACCGAGCUGGCCGGUGAUGCCGCUCCAGCGCUGGCCGGCGUCCGGCCCGGUGCCGAAGAGGCGCAGCUCGCACAGCGUGCGGCGGCACUCCACGGCGAGCAGCUCGAAACCCUUUUGCACCCCGGCGUCCUGCAGCGACUGGCGCAGCUGCGCCUCCAUCUGCUGGGACCAGGCCGGGUCCAGCGGCUCACCGGCGAAGCGGGCGUGCAGUUCGGGCAGGGAGGGCGGCGUGUGGCUUUGGUCGAGCAGCAGCUUGGCGUGCUCCACGACGAGGCCGGCGGCGAGGUUGCGCAUCGUCACGCAGUUCUGCGUGGACGCGCUCGCGGUGACGCUGCUGUUGCGCCCGCCCAGGCCGAUGAAGGUGCCGCCGGUGACGGCGAAGGUGUUGUUGUCGCAGUCCAGCCCGCCCUCGGCGCCGCUGGCGCCGUCGGCCACGACGAGGCCGCCGGUGAUCGUCAUCGUGCCGUUGCUGUCGAUGGCGUCGUUGCGCGUGGCGCGGGCGUAGAUGCGGCCGCCGUUGAUGACGAUGGCCUUGCCGGCGUUGAUGGCGUCGUCGGUGCUGUUGACGACGAGGGUGCCGCCGUUGAUCGUCACGCUGGACUUGCCCUCGAUGCCUUCGGGCGACAGCGUGCCCUCGACCGGCGUGCCGGUGGUGGUGAUCGUGAGCGUGCCGCCGUUGAUGGUGACGCGCGGGUCGGGGUCGUCGGCGGUCGUCGUGGUGUCGCCGUCCUCGGCGCCCUCCCAGGACGCGGUGACGGCCUUGUCGUGGCUGGUGAUCGUCAGCGUGCCGGCGUUGAUGGCGAUGAAGCCGACGGCGGCCGUCGUGUCCUCCUUGCCUUCGACCUUGAUGCCCUUGCCGGCUGGCGUCGUCACGGUGAGGCUGCCGCCGUCCAUGACGAAGGCGUUGUUGGCGCGCACGCCGUCCUUCUUCACCGCGUUGACGGUGACGAUGCCGCUGACGAGGCGCACAUGCGCGUCGCUGGCCAGCGCGUGCUUGGCCGCCGCGGUGACGCUCAGGCUGCCGCUGCCCGAGAUGAUGACGGCCCCUUCGGCGAAGAGGGUGGACUUGAGGUCCAUCGCGCUGCCGUCGGGCAGCGUGCGGGCGGUGUAGGUGCCGGUGUCGCUGAGGGCAUUGCUGCCGGUCAGCACGACGAAGGCGCGCUUCUUGGACUGCAGGUUCAGCGCCGGCCCGUCGGUGCUGGCCAGCGUGACGUUUUCGAGCGCGAGCCGGUAGUCCUGUUCGCUGUAGACGGUGACUGUCUGCGUGCCGCUGCCGCUCAGCGCCAGCUCCAGCCGCGCAGUGGCGGGCAGCGUGGACGUGACGGUCAGCCCCAGCGCGUCCGCCUGCAGCACGACGACGGUGAUGCCGCCCAGGCUGACCUCGGUGCGGCCCGCCACGGUCGCGCCGACGCUCAGGCUCGUGGAGCCGCUGCUGAUUGCGCCCGUGCCCAGCACGACGGCCAGGCGGUGGAAGGCCAGGGUGCUGGGCGUGUCAUUGGCUGCCCGCAUUGCUUCGCGUUCGACCCGCUGGUGGAAGCCUGGGUGCACAAGCUGCCGGCUGACGUGUCGUUCCGCCGCGUGCCGGUGGGCCAGCAGGCCAUGCUCAAGCUGCACGCCCGCAUGUACUACGCGCUGGAGGCCAUGGGCGCGCUGACGCCGGCCGUGCACACGGGCAUCUUCAAUGCCUUCCACCGCCAGGGCGUGGACGCGAACUACGAGGCGGCGGUCGUCGCCCUCGUCGGCAAGCUCGGCGUGGACACGGCCAGGUUCAAGCAGGCCUUCUCGUCCUUCGGCGUGCAGGGCAAGCUGGCCCAGGGCCAGAAGCUGGCCGAGCUCUGCGGCGCGGACAGCGUGCCAGCCGUCGUCGUCGGCGGGCGCUUCCGCACCGGCCCCGGCAUGGCCGGCGGCGAAGGCCAGAACGAAGCGGCGCAGGGCCAACAGGCCCUGGCCGUGACGGAUGUCCUGAUCCGCUUGUCGCGAGGGAAAGGCUGA